GCAACGACUCAUUUACGAAUACGCACGAGUUUCGCGAUGAUCCGAACGCCAUACGUGACGCUAACUACAUGGAAUUAAACUUCUACAAUGGUCGCUAUACAGGCGCUGACUCGACGCAAUUUACUGAGCUCUUUUGUGACUUUCCCGUGAGCUAUGAGUCGACGACGGUCAUUACGAACUCACAAUUCGCGAAAUGCGGUCUAUCGGCGCAGCACUCACCACAACCACCGUCUUAUCGUGAGCCACCGCCACCAACGCCGCCACCGAUCUCGCAAAUGCCAACGCGCGAUUCGCGCUACCUCGCAAUGCAAACCUCUGGCGAGGGUGGUGUCUCCCUGUCGGCACCAGCGACACCGUCGCGCGGUAAGGUUGUGCUCAGCAAGAAGGAGCGCAAGGAGUUGAGCAAGUUGAAUGCGCGUUUGGGUGUGUAUGAUGGCAGCGAGCAUGCGGGCGGGAGUGCGAGUGCGCAGUCUAGUCCCUAUAAAGGUCGCGUGUCUGAGCUGAAGAAUUGCUUGGCGCGUGGUUUAUUCGCAUCGCUCAGUCGCGGUUCGCAAAAGUCACUUGCAGCGAGUAGCGUGACGCAGGAUGAUGUCACAUCCUCGUCGAAUGAGGUCUCCCCACCGCCACCGGCGCCACCUGAUGCCAGCCCACCGAACUCGAAUGCUUCGAAUAAUAAUGAUGCGGACUACAGUGAGAAAUUAAAGAACUUGCCGGUGCGUCAGCGUAAGACACACGUGUCCCAUAUGGACAACUAUUGUUUAUUCGAUCCCGUCGACUUUAUCAAUGAGAAAUCUAUGCGUCAACGGACACAUGAGCAGUUAGGUGGCAUGUUUGAGCCAUCAGCAGUACAUGGUCUACGUGAUCCGUUAUUUAGUUCGCGUCAAAACCUGAAUUUUAGUGAAGAAGAAAUUGUGCCCGAAGUGAUUUACAAUGAGGAACUGCCGGCGGAGGAAGACACACUCGUUGUAGAGGUGACUUUCGGGGAGGCGUGCGGCGGUACAGCGAAUACAGCGAAUUUCGAUCACCACAACUACUUUGUCAUCGAUCCGGAUGAUUUUGAAGAGGAACCCAUAGCCGAUAUUGGCAUACCGAAUCCAUAUACUAAUGAACAAUUAGUACAUGCUAACUUAGAGGCAUUGGCGGUGCAGACCGUUCCAAACACCGUCGAACCCAUGUUACGUGAGUCCGCCAGUUUUGAGCAGUUACUUGAAGUUCUCGAUGCAGCGCCAAGCAUGUCGAAUAGCCAGGAAUCAAAGGACACAAAUACCACCGCUUCCACCACCACAACUACAUCAACUGCCCUCGUAGAAUCUUCCACCUCAACCAACUCAACGAGUUCGUCCACCUCAGCGACAUCUUCGCAAACGACGCUCCAACGCACAAAAAAGCGUUUAACGUUCCUGAAUCUUUCACCAUUUCGCUCGUCGAAACAUUCGUCUGCUAACGGCAGCACAGACAACGCGAAUGAUAAGCGCGGCAAGCGUUCCGCGGGUAAUGACAAUAAAAUGAACAGCUCCUCUAUUUCCGAUGGUGCCGGUAUAUUAAGCAUCGAACAGCGUGCCGUCUCGGAGCUCGUCAGUUCGGAACAUAUGCUUCAUUUGCAGCAUAUGUUGCUGGAUGGUAAGGAACAUUUACGCGCGCGUACCGUGCCAAUCGAAUCGAAUUAUGUGUUGUUCAAUCCGGGUCCAGUGCCAAGUCGUAAUGUGCCGUACAAAAUUCGUAAACCGCGACCACUGUCCUCGCACAGUGAUGCGGAUAGUGGCUUCUUGAGUCCCUGCUCGCCCGAUGAGCUGUCGGCGUUAAAAUUUAACUCGGCGAUUUUGGUGCUCCAACAAUGCGAUAGCGUACAGGGAUACAUUGAGAUUUACACCGACUGGGCCAACUAUUAUCUCGAGCGUGCCAAAUCCAAAAAGAAAGUCACCGAUUUGUCAGCAGACUGUCGCGAUGGUUUGCUACUCGCGGAAGUCAUUGAAGCGGUGACGUCGUUUAAAGUGCCCGAUUUGGUGAAAAAGCCGAAAAAUCAGCAACAAAUGUAUGACAACGUUAACUCGUGCCUGAAUGUGUUGCGUACACAGGCGGUUUGUGGCUUAGAUAACAUCACAACCAAUGACAUCUGUGCUGGUCGUUUGAAAGCAGUCUUGGCGCUCUUUUUUGCGCUCAGCCGCUACAAACAACAAUCGAAACAACUGUCGACGAGCACAACGCCAAAUGCGAAUGUUGUAUUGGGCACAACAAAUACGACGACUAACAAUACAAACUCCGCUGCUACAACAAACAAUACAGCGGCUACAGGCGCGACGACUGGCGCCAGUAAUCAGCAGCAGCAACAAAACCAGCAACAGCAGCAGCAUCUGCAGAACGGCAAUGAAACCAUGUUGAAUAGACAAAUACCCACCGCUUACUCCAAGGCCAAUGGUGGCACUGCCAUACCGCUUCCCGCCACUGUUAUGGUGCAACGCCGCUGCCCACCGGACAAAGUACGACCACUGCCACCGACACCCAAUCACACGCCAUCCAUACCCGGUUUAGGAAAAAGUGGCGUUGACUUUAAUAGCGGGCGGCCAAAUAGUCCACCAACCACUAAUCAUACCAUUCAAAGUCUGAAAACUGGCAAUAAUAAUGGCUUACGCCCGCCAACGGCUAAAGCCACGCACGCCAGCGGUAUACCCCCACCGAGUGGCAUACCCGCCGCCGCCGGCAAUAUGGGACCAACGCUGCCACAGCAAAAGCACUCCAUGCUUGACAAGCUCAAGUUGUUCAAUAAAGAGAAGCAACAACAACAGAACGCAGCUAAUGCCGCCUCCACCAAGAUGCAGGUGCAAUCGAAGCGCACUUCCUCAUCGUCGGGUUUCUCAUCGGCGCGCUCCGAACGCUCGGACUCUUCGCUGAGCCUCAACGAUGGACACAUAUCACAAAUCAAGCCACCAGCCGUCAGUGUAACGUCUGGCAAGAGCAAAAUCAAUACCAAACAAUCCAAACUGAUGGCGGCGCAACUGAAGAAAGAGCAGACAAAAGUCAGCAAGCUGGACAAGAAGGAAAAGAGUCCAGCGCGCUCGCUAAAUAAGGAGGACUUCAGUGGUGAGAGCCGUAACUCAACAAUGGGACGUGCGAAGAACUCACUGCCGCGUGUUAGCGAAAAGAAUUCGAUCAAAUCUUCCUCCAAGGGCUCACUGAAUUCCAAGUCAGACUCAAAGUCCUCAUUGAUAGUGCCGCCCACGAAGGGGCUUUGCAGUCCCAAUGGCUCCAACACCGGUCUACCCAAACCAAUUGCCGCCAUAAAAGGCACUAGUAAAUUGCUGCAAUCGCCUUUGGGUGGCGUUGCUGGCAGCGGUGACAAUCGUGUCCGUGGCAUGAGCAACUCAAAUUCGCAGCAGGAGAUGAUGAAGCGUGAAAAGAGUGACAUAUCAAGCAUGCAUACAAACAUAUCUAGUGAGACCGCUAAAGCGAAAGAACUAACACAACAGCAACAGCAACAACAGCAUCAGCAGCAACAACAUCAACCACAUAUCGUGAAACCGGUGCCGAUACUACCGGAGCCCGGCAGCAAGCCACCAUAUUACGCUAACGCCACAAACAUAUCACAGCAACAGCAACACCAACUGCAGCUACAACAACAACGCCAGCAGCAAUAUCAACAGCAACAGCAAGCUUAUUACAAUCAGCAGCAGCAGCAACAACAACAAGACCAUGCCACAUAUGUGAACAACAGUCGUCUGCCACCGCCAAAAUCCGCAACAUCACCUUCCGGCAACGCGCCAACUGCGCGCAAACUUGAAUACAACGCCGGUCCCGGUAUACUCGCGUCGCCACAGCGCUCACCACUACGCGGUCACGCACAAUCACCUGACUCGCCGUCCGCACUUCAACACCAUCACGCGCACGCCAACGCCAAGUUCCACACAAUACCCUCCAGAAUAGACACAAUCUAUGAGGAGAAGAAACCGACAAGUCUGCUGCCGAUGCCACCGUUACUGCGUGGCUACAAUUCGCAUGUGACACUGCCAACGCGCGGUGUACGCGGCGGUGGCACGCGCAAUUAUGUGACCGAUUUCAUGGAAGCGGAAAUAAAUCAAGGUUACUGCAGCGAUGGCGAUUCGUUGAGAGUGAGCGCCUCAGCACGCCUAGCACAACGCGCAGCCGCAACAGCGAGACGCUAUCACGACAUAGAUAACGGUUAUUUGUCGGAAGGCAGUGGCAGUGUGGGACAUCAUGGCAUGCUCAUGGCUGGCGGUAUUAGCUCGGCGGCACAUACCAAACACUUCUUGAGCAUGAUGCGCGCGAGGACUCAACUGCCGACGACCAUCGAAGAACGCAUACGCAACAGCCGUGGCAGUCUCGAUAGCAUCGGCACCGCACCCCCUUCAUCGGCUGCCUCACAGGCCAGCUCAAGCGGUGGCUCGAACCCUAAAAUGGACAGCAACAGUGGAGGUGGCGGCGGCGGUUCUGGCAACACCAGCGCCAAUGCAAGUCCACAACAUCACACACAUGCUCAGCACGCGCAACACAUGCAGCAGCACCAUUCCGCCGGUGUGGUGGGCGUACAUCGCUCGAACUCACGAAAUGGGCGUGACAACUGGACGAAAAUGCCGGAGCCACUGAACGGACACAAUAAAGGUGAAAAAUCUGAAAAGUCAUCGCCGUCGAGGCGCAGUAUGGGCGGUGGCAGUGGUAGCUCUUCCAAACAAGGUUCACCAUCGGGCCGCACUAAGGGUGUACCACCCAGUUUUGGUUAUGUUAAGCGUACGAAUGGGAGCGCCACAGCAACGGCGGAGCAACAGAAUAUCGCAAUGAUGGGCGCAGCCUUGAUGAACGCAGGCGGCGGUCAGCCAAAUGGCGGUGGUGGUUCGCCGGGUGGCAUGUGUGGCGGCGUUGGGCGUACAGCACACGUUUCAGCAGUGCCGCGUACUGCCACCGGUGCGGGAGGACGGAAAGUAUCCGGCGGAACUCAGACGUUGCCCAAUGAUAUGACAAAACUUCCUCCCAACACUCAACAUCGUAGCUUUUCUUUAACUGGACCCGGCGCAACACAGCUCAGCCAAUCAAUUCGCGAACGCCUCGCUACUGGAUCGCACAGUUUACCCAAGCCGGGCACAGACCUACAUCUAUUUCAACACAGAAUAUCAAAUCGUCCUGGCAAAAUGAUCGAUGGCUCACUCUCGGACACGCAAACCUACGCCGAAGUCAAGCCCGAGUACAGCACAUACGCCAUGUGGCUGAAGCACAGCAACACGGCGGGCAGUCGUCUAUCCGAGGGCGAUUCGCUGGAGAAUAUGCAAAUCGGUUCGCCGGCCAUGUCACGCCACAGCCAUAAAAUGUUGCAACAUCGUAAUGCUGCCGCAGCCGUUGCAGCAGCGGCGGCAGCUGCAGCCGCACAGGGCAGUGGCAUGCAGCAAGCGGGCGGCGCUGGUGGUGGCGGUGGUGUUGUGGCGGCUACCGGUGCGGGCAAUGAGUCGCCAUAUGUGCAGAGCCCACGACUGAAUCGCAGCAACAGCAUUAGAUCCACCAAAUCGGAAAAAAUGUACCCUUCGAUGUUGAGUCGCGGCCCCGAUGUCGAAAUCGAGCCCUACUACUGCCUGCCUGUGGGCACAAUAACCGCACAAAAUGGCUCGUUGGCCGCGCAAAUGGCCGCUGCAGCAGCGGCAGCAAUGUCACAGGUGACUGGACAGCCAACAGCGGGUGCUGGCGGCGCUCCCGUGGCCUGGAGUCAACCGACUUCACCCACACCCAUUAGUCGCGGCUUCGGUGGCACACUCUCACCGACUCAUCCAGCUGGCAUGACUGGUCUGGUUGGCUUGGUGGGUGCGCCGGGCAGCGCCAACGCCAAUGUGGCAGGUCACCGUCUCACAUAUCCUAAGAAGAAUGAUGAUGUGCAUGGCAGCGCUGCAUCAUUGCUCUCCGGUGGCAGUUCGCUGUACGGUUCAGCUGAGGAGCGUCAAGCGAACGAGAUACGUCGCUUGAAGCGUGAAUUAUUGGAUGCGCGCGAACAGGUGCUGAGCUUGAGCAGUCAACUGUCAACAAAUGCUCAUGUGGUCGCCGCUUUUGAGCAAUCGCUCUCCAACAUGACGUCACGCCUGCAACAUCUGACUGCGACCGCCGAGCGCAAGGAUGGCGAGCUAACCGACAUGCGGCAAACAAUCGAGCUGCUGCGCAAGCAGUCCAUACAAGCAGGUCUUACUUCGGCGCAUAUGCAAAGUAUGGGCGUGCAGACGCAACAACAUGAACAACAGCAGCAACAACUCGGCCGCACCGCCAUCACCCAGCAGCCGAUGUCAAAUCAAAAUGGCAUUACUAAUGGCACAGCCUCAUCGACGCCAUCAUCUACUGCAACCGGUAUUAUGCAACGUCACCACAGCUCCGAUUCGAUGUGCUCUUUGAAUUCGAUCAGUUCCGGCUGUUCGGCGCAGGAUAAGAAGCAGAAGAAGAAGGGUUGGUUACGUAGCUCCUUCACGAAAGCAUUCUCACGCAAUGCCAAAAUAUCAAAGACUAGUCGGCACGCCGGUCAUCAUCAUGUCGGCGCAGCCGGCAGCACUGCCAAUAAUGUCGGUGGUCAAGUAAUGCAUGGCUUACAUGGCGACAACAGCACAGUUUAUAAUAAAGUUAAUGGUCAUAGCCACGCCGAUGCCGUUGUUGGUUUGGCUGCUUUGGCUACACAGCCUGCACCGCCUCUACCCGCAGCCAAUGUCUCGCCGACAAAAGGCAGUCCGGCAAAAACUGUAACAUUGAUAGAUAAUGCGAAACCGAUCGACGCAAUCGAUCAGGAGGAUCAUCAGGUAGUGGAAGACCUGAAGAAGCAAUUACGUGAGAAGGACUUAGUGUUAACCGAUAUUCGUUUGGAGGCGCUCAGUUCAGCAUCACAAUUGGAGAGUCUCAAGGAGACAGUAAAUAAAAUGCGUGCCGAGAUGAUGUCGCUAAAACAAAAUAAUGAGCGCUUGCAAAAGCUGGUAACUAGCCGUUCAUUGGCGGGCUCAGAGGCUUCGUUAGGUAAUGCCAUUAGUCCAAACGGUUCCAUUGGUGAGUCACGACGUUACUCGUUAGCCGAUGGCAAUGCGCGGCCACCAAUGGAGUUGCCGAAACGUUUGGAAGAGGAAGUCGAAGAGGAGAACAUACCGCCGGCGCCAGCACCUGAACCACCACCGCCGCCACUAAGUCCCUCCACACAUAUCGAUCUUACGCCACCGCCUCCCGCACUCGACACCAUGCCCAGCCCAGCGCAUAUUGCAUCCGCUGCGGUUGAAGAGCUGCCCGAUGUGACUGAUGGCAAAAAGAUCGCAAUCGCUUGUUAUCUGGGACAGCCAGAGUCAUUUGUUAAGUACUGCGAAGAGAUGCUUGAGGCAGAUGAGUUCUAUGCAAAUGGCGUCGAUGCGGAUGGCAAUGAACGUAAGUCCUUUCCGACAGCAAGUUUAAACGAAUUUGUCGUCGCCUAUACAUACAUCUCGGGCAAGACCACCUGGCAGAAUUUAGACUAUAUUGUGCGCAAGACUUUCAAGGAUUACGUGUCGCGCAUCGAUCCCGGCACCAAUUUAGGUUUGAAUACAGACUCAAUAACAUCCUAUCAUUUAGGUGAAGCAAAGCGUGGCCCGGAAAUGGGCUUUCCCGAAUUGUUGCCUUGCGGUUACAUAAUCGGCAAUGUACGCACGCUGUAUAUCUGUCUGCAAGGUGUGGGUAGUCUCGCCUUCGAUAGCUUGAUACCGCGCAGCAUUGUUCACCGCUACAUUAGCUUGCUGACCGAGCAUCGACGUUUGAUUCUGUGCGGCCCUAGUGGAACAGGCAAAUCCUAUUUGGCGCGCAGGUUAGCGGAGUUUCUGGUAGCGCGCACCGGACGUGGCAAUCCCUCCGAAGCAAUUGCGACAUUCAAUGUCGAUCAUAAGUCUUCUAAGGAGCUGCGACAAUAUUUAGGCCAUAUAGCCGAACAGGCAGCCAUUGCGAAUGGCGCUUCCGAAUUACCAUCUGUGAUCAUAUUGGAUAAUCUACAUCACGCUUCAGCUUUGGGUGAUGUUUUUUCGUGCUUGCUAAGCGCGGGUCCCGCCGGAAAGUUGCCCUGCAUAAUUGGCACCAUGUCGCAGGCCACUUGCAAUACAACCAAUCUGCAAUUACAUCACAAUUUCCGUUGGGUACUCACUGCCAACCACAUGGAACCGGUAAAAGGCUUCCUCGGUCGCUUUUUGCGUCGCCGUCUUUUCCAACUUGAACUACAGACUGGCCAUCCACAGCCUGAACUGGCCACUGUGCUGGCAUGGUUACCAAGCGUUUGGCAACACAUAAAUCGCUUCUUGGAAGCGCAUAGCUCCAGUGAUGUAACCAUCGGGCCGCGCCUCUUCCUCGCCUGUCCAUUAGACUUGAAGGACUCACAGGUGUGGUUUACCGACAUCUGGAACUAUCACUUAUCACCAUAUCUGGUAGAGGCGGUGCGCGAGGGCGUACAAUUGUAUGGACGACGUGGUGGCGCCUGGAAUGAUCCAUCGAUUUUCAUACGCAACUCAUAUCCAUGGCCAUAUGGACCCGAUUCAGUACCACCGCUGCGUCAAAUCAAUGCAGAAGAUGUCGGACUGGAAGGUGUGGCGGCCAGCAAUGGCGACAACCCGGAUCCACUAUUGAAUAUGCUUAUGCGUCUACAAGAGGCUGCGAAUUACUCCGAAAACCAAGAGCAGGAGUCUGAUUGUGCGAGUUUAGACUCGAACGUUACACCCGACAGCUCGGCGGGCGCUGAGUAAAUGCCAGUUUAGUGACGCGGCAGUGCAGUUAGCGUCGCCAAUGGACUUUCGAGUCCUUAGUAAACUAAUCAAACACUAAAUACCUACUUACCUAACUAUAUACAAACAUUAUACAUACAUAUUCGCUAAAAAUCAAACAUUCAUAUGCAUGGCUUUGUAUAUUUGUAAGUAUAUUUAUGUGCGUAUUGGAUAUUUUGUAAAUUAUGAAGUUUAACGCGACUUUUGUUUAGGGAAUGCAACACUGAUUUUAACUGCAAUCUAGGUAUACAUAACUACAUACAUAUGUAUGUUUAUGAUUUAUAUAUUAUAUAUGCGUGUGUAAUUUAUAAACUAGUGUAAAAAUCAAAUAAUUGCCAAGUGCUGAGCUCAAUUUUAGGGCACUGAAAUGUGAACAAGAAUUUUACCUUUUUAUUUUUAUUAUUUUUUCUAUUUAUAUUUUUUUUUUAAUUCUUAUUUUUUUUAAUUUUUUUUAUUUUCAAACCACUUAGUAUUGAAUUUUAAAUAUUUUUUUUAUUAUUUCUUCAAUUUAAAAAUACUCCAAUACUCGAAAAGUGUCUCUCAUCAGCAAAAAAUACUCAACUUAAUAUUAAUUAUUUUCAAAUAAUAAAAAUAUUUUUUAAUCGCAUCCAACCAACAAUAAAUAAAAAAUAAAUAUUUAUUUGAAAAAUACAAAUAUACAAUAUAUGUACAUAUAUACACCCCACUUAGUGUCAAUAACUGUUAACCGUUAUUAUGAAUUUUUAAGAAAAAUGUUAAUUUGAUUUUUGCCUUUUAUUUUUUUGACUGUACAAAUAAAAUUUCUUGCACUACUUUCGGCACUCAAUCGCACGAUUCAAAGAAAGCAGUUAUAUUUAAGAAAAUUUUAUUUGUCACGACCCACAGGCAGCACAUUGUACUAUACAUACAAUGUUUCCAAAACAAUAAAAAAAAACCUUUGAAAAUUGUACUAAAAAAUUGCACUUUUAAACGCACUUGUUAAAAAUGCAAAUUAUAAGCCACUUUUAAGCUGCCCAAAUUUUGUUUCAGUAAAGUUUUUUUUUUAGUUUUUGUGAUUUUCCGAGAAUUUCUAUGAACAGUUAUUAUUUUUUUGUUUAUUGUUGACAUGCACAAUGUUUGAAGUUCCUUUGAGAUUCUUAACGAUAUCUGGGAAUAUUUAUUUAAAUUGAUUUAAUUCUUUAUUUUUUGUUUUAUAAUCACACAAAAUUCAUUAAAUUUUUUUCUUGAUUUUUAUUGUUUAAAAAUAUUCUUAAUUUUUUAAUUAUUUUUGAUUUUUUUUUUAUAAUUACAAUUUUUACAUUGUAUAAUUAAAAAAUUUAUUUCAAAUUUUUAUUUUUUAAAACAAAAAUAGUUUUUUAAAUUAUUUUCAAUUUUUUAAACUAUUUUUAAAUUAUUCUUAAUAUUUUUAAUUAUUUUUUAAUUUUAAUUUUUUUAUUUUUUUAAUUUCUAUUUUUUAAUAAUGAAGUUAUACUUUAUAUUUUCUCUUGUUCACAUUUUAUCGUCAAAACCAUAAAAUGCAUUUUUCAUCAAUGGCUUUAAAAAUCCAUGAUUUGAGUACAUACAUAUGUACAUACAAAUGUAAUGCUUUUAAGAAGCUAACCAAAAUAAAAAGUCAUUCCACAAAAUUCAAUUGCAUACAAACACAUACAUAUUUAUGUACGUACAAUGUACAUUGUACUUACAAUUUACAUUGUACAUACAUAUGCAUAUGUGCAUACAUUGCACACUAGCCUAUACAGUAGCGUGCAAAAUAAAAUAGUGAGUACAUAGAAGAUACACAAUCCAAAAACAUACAAAUUAGCAAAACUCAAAUCAAAAUUGCAAUACCUACGGAAAUCAGUGAUUAUCAACAAAUCCUGGACAUACAUACAUACACAUAUUUAUAUAUACGUAUAAUCCAAAAUAAGACAGUCUAAUGCAAAGAUGAAAACUAGCUAAAAUAUAAAUGUUAAAUGUCUAUUGAUAAUAUUUACAAAAGAAAAAACAUGAACAACAAAUUCUAUGCAAACAUAAAUUUACCGCUACAAAGAAGUCAUGCAAACUACAACACAUACCAAACUAACUGUAAUUAAAUAUUUAGAAUGUACUAACAAAUUAUCUGUAAAUAGUUAAACUAAGCGUUAAGUUCCACAAAAAUAAAAAAAAGAAACAAAGAACAAAAAACAAAAUGAAAAUAAAUAAGAAAAUAGCUGUACACAAAAACCUGGCACUCGAACGCUGAACAAUUUCACUAAGCUAGUUUUGGCACAAUGAAAAUUGCUGGCCGAGUAAGCGGCCAUAAGACGGAACGGUAAUGAAUUUGCUGACAAAAAAAGCAAAACACCGAAACGAAGGAAAUCCAAAUGAAUGUAAAAGUAAUGACAAAUAAAAUGUAAGUGUAACGAAAAUAGUUGAAAGCUAUGAAAAAAAAAUUACAAAAAAGCUUGUGCUAAUAUUAUUGUAUGUAUGUAUAUUUAAAAUUUAUUGAAUUUGUCACUUUUUAUACCCUACAAACCAAAAUUAUACCUAACUAUAAAACAUGCUACACAUAAAUACGUACAGAAAAAACAAAAAAAGGAACUAUCAUAUAUACAAAUUAUUUUGCGAUGCAUAAUAUUGCGGUGGGGUGUAGUGUCAAGAAGAAGUAGAAGAAGAAGCAUGAAUUAACUAACUUUUGCUACUAAUUAACUAAUUAUGAAGAUAAAUAAACGCGAUAAAACGUUAGUCCCUUUGACUAUUGCUGGCAUGCGAGCAAAUAUAAUAACGGUAGAUAUUUUUAAUUAAAGCAAAUUAUAAAUUUACAAUAAUUAUUAUUGCAAAUAAACAUAAAAUAAUUAUGCGUAUUGUAUUUAUUUGAAGUUAAAAUAAAUAAAUACCUUAGCUAUGUUAAAAAAAAUUAAAAAUAUGUUUUUAUUUAAUUUAAAAAAUAAAAAAUCCUUAACUGCUUAAAAAUAUACGUAAAACAUUGACUAUACAAAUUGUUUACAAAGUUUAUAAUAUCAAAAAAUUAAAACAAUAAUAAUAAUUAAACUGCUGAACAGCUGAGUUUUAGAGUUGGCUUGACAUUUCUGACAGCAAAUGCGACAAAAGAGAAAAGACGAAACUAAACUGCAUUUCCUAAUUUGUGCAUUUAAGUAGAUUUCGUGCCAUUUGUUGGAAUAUUUUUGUUCACUAUGACGCCAAAUAAACACGAGAUUAUUAAUUGGCUGGCUAAACAAACCAGUACAUACAUAUGUAUAUUAAAACAUAAGUAACAGAACAUAUAGCGCUGGAAUCAAUAAAAGAAUGCGGAAUCAAAACUCGAGCAAAGCAAACAAUAAUAAAGAGAGUAUAAAAUAUAAUAGCAA